CAAUGACAUUGCAUAAUACCGUAGCUCCUAGAGGGAGAAAGAGAGAGAGAGAGAGACGCACUUGACCCUUGCAUGAGGCGUUGAGGGGAGCUUGAGUGGUGCCCAUGUGAAUCAGUCAUUGGAAUUAGUUGGCAAACAUCUGGUCAGCACCUUGGAGGGUUCAAGCCGUUGCAAUUGUGCCCCAGGUUGUGAUAUUUCAGCUGGAGGAACGGGCCACUGUCAGCACAUAUUCGCAAGGGCGCAAUGGGCAAGAAGGGCAACCCGCACGUGUUUUUUGACGUCAGCAUAGGCACUCAGAAUGCAGGGCGUAUUGUCAUUGAGUUGUAUGCAGAUGUGGUUCCCCGGACGGCGGAGAAUUUUCGUGCGCUUUGCACGGGGGAGAAGGGCCUGGGGAAGACCACCGGCAAGGCGCUCACGUAUAAGGGGUCCAUCUUUCACCGUAUCAUCCCUGGCUUUAUGAUGCAAGGGGGCGACUUCUCAAAUAAGAACGGCACUGGUGGGGAAAGCAUUUACGGGGCCAAGUUCGCGGACGAGAAUUUUACGCUGAGCCACAACGGGCCGGGGGUUCUCUCCAUGGCCAACGCUGGGCCGAACACGAACGGAAGCCAGUUCUUUAUCUGCUUCAAGAAGACUCCCCAUCUGGACGGGAAGCACGUCGUCUUUGGCAAAGUGGUCGAGGGGCUGGACAUCGUGAAGCGCAUCGAGGAGGUUCCGACGGACGCGAAAGACCGACCAAUGAACCCCGUGACUAUCAAAGACUGCGGGGAGGUGAAAGCUGGCGCUGCUGAGACUGUAGAGCCUGUGAAAGAGAAAGCGAAGGAGCCCAAGAGCAAAAAGAAGAAGGACAAGAAGGCGUCGAAGAGCAAGAAGCGCAAGAAGUAUUCGGACAGCGACUCCGACUCGCUCUCGGACAGUCUCUCGGACAGUUACUCGGACGAGUCGGACUACACGAGCGACUCGAGCGAGGAGGAGCGGCGGCGGAAGAAAAAGAAGAAGGCGGGGAAGAAGAAGUCGAAGGACCAGAAAUCCAAGAAGAAGAAGCGGAGAAGGUCGUACAGCAGCGAGUCGGACGACUAUUCGGACAGCGAGUUCUCGGACGUCGAAGAGGAGGAUCGUCGGUCCAAGAAGAAGAAGAAGAGCAAGAAGUCCAAGAAGAAGAAGAAGCAUCUGUCCUAUUCGGAGAGCGACUUCUCCGACAGUGAACCCGAUCGCAAGCGGUCCAAGAGCGGAAAGGCGCGGAAAAAGGACGUGGGCUUGGACGAUAAAGAAGGGAAGAACGGGGUGGAGAGUGGGGACGCUCAAAAGGUACGAGAGUGGGACUUGGGCAAGGAGCGCCCUGCAGAAGCGCUAGAGGUGCCGGGGGCAUCGGCGGAAUUGAGCUUGGCAGCCCUGAACGAGGCCCCGGAGACAAGAGGCACCGGCCAGAAGAAGGGCGUCCCCGGUUCGGGGGGGUCGGUCGCCGGGCGAAAGGGGGAGGGGGAACGCUCGCCCGAGGCCAGGAGGAGAGCGUCCCCGUUUCGGGGGGGUGGGUCGCCGGAGAGGCGGAGGCGCAUCUCGCCGUUCCGAGGGGGAAGGGGGCGGUCUCCGGAUGACAGGGGGCGCAGGAGCCCGUCGCCGAAGCGGGUCCGAAAGGGCCGCGGAUUCACCGACCAGUAUCAGAACGCCCGGCGCUACCGCACCCCCUCCCCGGGACGGGUUGGUUAUGUUAACCCGCUUCGUCGAGUUCCAAUCGUUCGACCGGACCCCUCCCGAGAGGGCGCCGUUCCUGAUGACGAUGUUCCCGCCGGAGCAGAAGGGAGAGAUAGGAGCGUGAGGACUGAACGGGCCGACCGGACGGAACGGAAUGAGGGUGCGGAACUGAACGUCAGGAGGGAACGUGCUGAAGGGGACAGGCGGGGCAUGAGUGAGGCGUUGAGGAAGCGGCUGGGCCCGAAAGUCACGGAAGAGGGGGGUGAGCUGGCCGGCGAGCCUGACCCCCCGGUACGACGGCGUGUGAUUGAAUCGGUGAAGGAGAAGGAACGGGAGCCGAGGAAGAGCAGCGUGUGGGCUCGUCUCGGGUUGGAAACAAAAGGGGGCUCGAAAUCAGCGGGGAAAGAAGACCCCCCGGAGGGAGGGAGGUGGGAGGAGAUGAAAGAGAUCGAAGGGCAAGACAUCGGGGCGGAGUUUGUGAAGGACGAUCUUCGGGCGGUGGAGGGUCAGGACGUAGGUCUGGUUUUGGAUGAAGAGUUUGGGACGGAAACGAACGCUGAGAGGAGUGCGGCCGCGGCAGACAUUGCGGCCGGUGAAGGUCCCGGGGAGAACGGCUCGGGGGAUCCCUCCGGGCAUGGUAGAAAGCUAGUGACGUAUGACGACCUCGAGACAAUCUCGCCCGAGAGGGAGGUCGUGAAGAGUCCGCAGAUGAGAGUGAUCAUGCCAAAGAGUCAGAAGCUGGCGCGUGUAGGAACUUCGCCGCUGGACGAGCAGUCGUUGUCUCCUCCUUCGUCACUUUCGGGAGGGGAUUGAGAUUCGUUUCGAAUAUUAAUUGGAGACUUCGGAGGUUGCUUACCCCUCAGCAUAUGCCCCUCAUUUUUCAGCUGAGCCUCCAAUCAGAUUGCCUCUUUGCGUAGCAGCUGACGACCUUAGGAAAUCCAUUAAUUGCUGUGACCAUAUGGGUAGGUGAAUGCUAUUAUGAAAGUUUUCGAUCC